CUGAUUUCACGAAGUCGGCGGUGACAUCGCUGGAUUUCGACCAAGGCUAGACUGUCACUUUCACUGUCUAGAUCAUACGUUUGGUUUCUUGAUCUGUGAUAGGCUGAUAUUGCUGUUGGGAAGAUCCGCUGGUAUGAGCUAACAUGGAUACCAAACCUUUCCUUUCUUUUGGCUUCCUCAAGAGCCAGUGCUCGGUGGCCCCGCCUCCUCAGCGAUGGCACCCGGGGGAGGCGGGCAGCUUGCCCACAGCAUGCUCGUGCUUCACAGGCAUUUGCCUGCUUCACCAGCACAGGAGACCCAUAGACCCCUCCGGUCAGCUGUCCUCACCAUCGCUCCGCUCACACCACGUCCAUAGGGGAAUGGGUGCUCACCCCCUGCACCCAUCUCUGCUCAUCCCGUCCUCGGUGAGCUACUCAGGCCCUCCACACUCCGUCAGCAGCCGCCCAGCGGGACACCACUCUACCUCCUCCAACAUGGGUUUCAGCCCACAGCUCAGCUUCCCAGUGAUCUCCAGUAACAGCAGCAUUAGCAGCACAGAGGACAUCAAACCCCCACUGGGCCAUAACAGAGUGCUAAAGGUUCCUGCUCAGCCCACAGGCACCUGUCUCUCCCUUAACAAACACAUCUGUGCCAUCUGUGGAGACCGCGCCUCAGGUAAACACUAUGGAGUAUAUAGCUGUGAAGGUUGCAAGGGCUUCUUCAAGAGAACAGUGAGGAAGGAGCUGACGUAUACCUGUCGAGACAACAAGGACUGUCUGAUUGACAAGCGCCAGCGCAACCGCUGCCAGUACUGCCGAUACCAGAAGUGUCUGGCCAUUGGCAUGAAGAGAGAAGCUGUGCAGGAGGAGCGCCAGCGAGCCAAGGAGAGGAGCGAGAGCGAGGCGGACUCGUUAGGUUGUGCUAACGAGGACAUGCCUGUGGAGAGGAUUGAGGAGGCGGAGCUCGCUGUGGAGCCAAAGACCAACACAUACAUUGAGGGGAGCCUGGGCCUGCCCACCAACUCACCCAACGACCCUGUGACCAAUAUAUGCCAGGCAACAGACAAGCAGCUCUUUUCCUUGGUGGAGUGGGCCAAGAUGAUCCCCCACUUCUCAGAGCUGGCCCUGAAUGACCAGGUCAUCCUCCUAAGAGCAGGGUGGAAUGAGCUCCUCAUAGCCUCUUUCUCCCAUCGCUCCAUCACUGUGAACGACAGCAUUCUGCUGGCCACCGGCCUCCACGUGCAUCGGAACAGCGCCCACAGUGCAGGAGUGGGGGCCAUCUUUGACAGAGUGCUGACUGAGCUGGUGUGUAAAAUGCGAGACAUGCAGAUGGACAGGUCUGAGUUAGGGUGCCUUCGAGCCAUCAUUCUCUUCAACCCAGACUCCAAAGGCUUGUCAAACCCAGGGGAGGUUGAGGCACUCAGAGAAGGGGUGUAUGCUUCACUGGAGGCAUACUGUAAACACAAAUACCCCGACCAACCAGGAAGAUUUGCCAAACUGUUACUUCGAUUGCCAGCCCUACGUUCCAUUGGCCUCAAGUUUCUGGAGCACCUGUUCUUCUUCAAACUGAUAGGGGAUACACCCGUUGACACAUUCCUCAUGGAAAUGUUGGAAGCUCCACACCAAAUGACAAAACAGCACUGCAGUUAAAGACUGUCUGUCCGCUACUUGCCUCAAAAGGAAGAGAGCUGGUGAUUUGCCUGAUUGACAGACUCAGUUUGAACACAAGAACUGGUGGACAGCAAAUCUUUGGCUUUGUUUAAUGUACAGUAGGUGUAUUUAUCAUAGUUUUGUGUCAGAGAGAAAUGUCUUGAAGGUAAGGGCCAGAGUCUGCAACAACUCAAAGCAUGAGAUCUUUUUCACAAUGAAUGAUAAUGUCUUCACUCUUCCGAUUCAACACUGAACAUUGUCAUAAUUGGUCGCUACUCCGUGCCACAAACCAGAGGCCUCUCACCUCAGCAUCAUCCUGCCUUAGACAGGUCUACCUCUUGUAGUCAUUCUCAUAUUCUGUCAUAAUAACAACAUGGUCUGGCCAAACUGUUGUCUAGGAUGAUCUCCUGUUAUACAUGUAAACCUCACCUCAGUCUCUCGCAGUUGGUCUUCUUCUCCUCCUCAAUGAAAAUGUUCUCAUGUGACUAUAUACGGCAGACAAGAAGGUCAUGCAUUUUUAACUGGAACCCCUGGAAAAGGGUUCAAUUAACUUCAGCUCAAAACCAGGGGUCAUUUUCCUACUCCUAGCACUUAACUUUGAUCUUUGUCAAGCAGAGGAUGGCUCGAGUCAGUAGCCCACUGUGAGGACAGAGGAGGCUGAUCUGAGGAGCUUUAGGAGGACUGGCUCAUUGUAAUGGCUGGAAUGGAAUAAAUGGAACGGUAUCAAACACAUCAACCAUAUGGAAACCUCAUGUUUG